CACUAGCCAGAUCAUCAAGUACCAGUUAACCGCCACCCUAGUUACUAGUAGAAGCUCAAUUUCGCUUUGGUAUCUUUAUCUCUUAUACUCAAUCAUGCGUUCAACCGCGCUCUGCUCGACUUGCUCAUCGUGUCUUCCACCCAAAGCUGCCCCAGACUUAUUUAUGACCAAAUGCUGCGCUCGCCCCAUCUGUCCAACCUGUCUCAGCUCAAACCCUCGCCUAAGGAGCUAUAAUCCCUGCUUGUCCUGUUUGGGCGGCGUGGGCGUGGUUAGCUCGGCUCUCCUACAGAACAUCCGCGCCGCAAAUAAUGACACAGUGCAGGAUGAAGAUAUCUUCAUUCUUGGGGAUGAUGAAGACGAUGAAGACGAAGCUCACGAGCUUGCUUCAGUGUCACCGAUCUCCGGACCCCCUCCGCCUGCAUAUUCGUCGUCAUUAUCCAGCCUAAACAAUGAAUCGAUGCUCACCACGCAGACUAGCGAUACAUCCGCGGGACAUGCGGAAGAUUGUAUCCCCUCUAGAUAUUACAUCAAUUCUAGGGACACACUACAGGGGAUUGCUCUCCGCUAUGGUGCUAAUGGUCGGGAAUUGUGCCAUUUGAAUAACCUACCCCCAAGCACCCUUUCUACUACCCCUCAUCUACUCCAUACUCGCACUUUUAUCGUCCUCCCACCCUCCGCCAACUCUCACUCUGUUACGCGUGAUGCGGAUCUGGAUGCAGAAGCGAGGCGCGUCCGCGAGAAAGCCGAGAAGCGUUUGCAAAUGCUGACGAAAGAGGUAGACUGGCGUGUGGCGAAAGCAUACGUGGCUCUGGCAGAUGAUCCUGACGAAGAAGCCACGUAUGGCUUCAAGUGCAAAGAAAGUGGCGCCAUUGGUGCCAGCACCUUGGAAGCACGUGCAGCUGAUCAGUACCUAGAAGAUCAGGAAUGGGAAGAGGAACAGAGAAGAGCUGGCAAACGCAUCUCGUUGAAAUCGCUAUCACUCCUUCGAGACAAAGUUGUCGCAUACACAUGAGAGCGCCUCUAUCGUUCAUGGCAUUUUGUGCAUGACCCAUGCGAAUCCUUGUGGAAGCCAGGUCAGCGGAGGCCCCAACUUGUCCGGAUGCUGUCCUCGUUGCCAGUAAUAUCAAUCUUACAGAUUUAUGCGCAAAGUUGUCAAUCCCUUGUCGACUGCUGAGGACACCAGUACAUUUUCGUAGGCAAGGUUGCCAAUAAGAAGACAUAACGACCUGGUUGGCAUCCUGAACCAAC